UAUAUAAGCCUUUGGCCUCUUCCGACUAGAUCUGUUUCUCUUGCUUCCCCUCUCCUUCUCUUCUUCCUCUUUUCUUUAGCUGUGAAGAAGAGGAAGGCGAGGAAGAGGUGGAGAGAACUCAUGAAAGCUCUCUUGCUUCUUGGGGUUUCGGUUCUGCUUCUCGUGAGGUCUUCUUGCGGCUUUGAGUGGUGGAAUGUGAGCGAGGUGCAAGCUGUGACUGAUGGAUUUGUUGGCGGGAAUCCUCUCUUUGUGGGUCUGACCCUCAUUCGAGGUGCCGAUGCUAAAGGAGCUGUAUGUUCGGAUGGGAGCUUACCGGGUUACCAUCUACAUCGUGGGUAUGGAUCAGGAGCAAACAGUUGGCUCAUCCAUUUAGAGGGAGGAGGCUGGUGCAAGGACAUAAAAACAUGUGUUUUCCGCAAGACAACUCACCGCGGUUCAUCAUACCAUAUGGAGAAGAUGAUACCAUUUACUGGAAUAUUGAGUAACAAGCGUGAAGAAAAUCCUGAUUUUUUUAAUUGGAACAGAGUCAAGGUUCGCUACUGUGAUGGUGCAUCAUUUCUUGGUGAAGGUUAUAAUGCGGCUGCUGGCCUAUAUUUUCGAGGGCAGCGUAUCUGGUUAGCUGCAAUGGAAGAUCUAAUGUCAAAGGGAAUGCGUUAUGCCAAACAGGCCCUUCUUUCUGGUUGUUCUGCUGGGGGACUAGCAUCCAUUCUGCACUGUGAUGAAUUUCGAGCAUUAUUUUCAGGAAGCACAAAAGUCAAGUGCCUUGGUGAUGCUGGAAUGUUUCUUGAUGCAGUUGAUGUUGCUGGUGGGCGAACCCUCAGAUCCUUCUUUGGAGGUGUUGUGAACUUUCAGGGGGCGGCAAAGAACUUGCCAAGGACUUGUACUUCUCGCAUGGAUGCAACUUCGUGCUUCUUUCCACAGAACAUUGUGGCCAAUGUUCGGACCCCACUUUUUCUUUUGAAUACAGCCUAUGAUGUAUGGCAGAUUCAGGAAAGUUUAGCUCCUAGAACAGCUGAUCCUCGUGGUUACUGGCGAGAAUGUAAAAUGAAUUAUGCAAAAUGUGAUGCAUAUCAAAUCCAGAUUCUGCAAGGGUUCAGGAAUCAAAUGCUUAAUGCUGUAAAAGGAUUCUCCAUGUCCGGGCAGCAUGGGUUAUUUAUAAAUUCAUGUUUUGCUCAUUGCCAAAGCGAGAGGCAGGAUACAUGGUAUUCAAAUAAUUCUCCCCUUAUCGGGAACAAGUUCAGUUUUCCAGGUUCAUUAUCAGAAGCUUUACAUUUUUCAGCAUUCACACGUAAUGGCUCUUUUAACAUACUACCUGCAAAAUAAGACCCAAAGAAAAUAACUACAAGAGAAAAACUCAAGAAACUUCGAGACAGAUAUAAAGUAACAAGAAGCAAUGGUGUUUAUCAUACAUGAAGAACCUUCACAGCUGGUUCAAUGUUGCUGCACAUUCUCAAAUGGACAUGGAGAUGUGUCAUUGAAAACUUCAUCUUGUUUAGCAAAUGUUUCUUGGUCGGUGCGAUGACUGACUGCUUGUUAGUACUCGACGAUGCAUAAUAUAUCAGUUAAUUGACCAAUCAAAAGACUAUACACAACCACAUAUCAGUGAAUUGAUUUACUCAACCCCUGUAUCUUUUUCAAGAGAUUUCUGCCAUUACAUGGCACUACUUAUUUGGCCUCGAUGGCAAUCAUGUAUGCAAAUGAGUACCCAAUAGAGUGUGCACAAGAGUAGUGUUUUGAAAAAUCUUUUUUUUUUUGUUCCUUUUUAUCAAAUUAUAUAUGAGCCUAAAGGCUGAUACAAAGGACCUUGGUCUCUAGCACAAGGGCAAAAUAUCUCAUCACUAGUUUCAGUGCAGAAUUAGUUCCAAGAGACUCCAUCUCGUCAUCAACCUCCAAGGAUGUCACCCCUUUCACAGCUUGAAACCCCAUGCUGCUUGAGUCGAUGCAAUGCCUCCAAACGGGCGAGUGCAGCAACCACUUGGACUGGAGCUAUGUGGAAAACCUCCAAAUCACCAUGCUAUAUUCAAUACUCUUUUUUCUUUGUAUAUAUGCUCCUAGUUUUAUCUAAUCAUCCACCACAUUAUUUACAAAAAAGAAAAAAGAAAAAAACGAGAAAAAAGGGAAA